UAACACUUCAUCUUGUUUCUUGUUUAUACAUAUUGUUGAAGUUGAAAGAUUUUGUUUUUCAAAUUUAAAAAUCAAAGUUGGAUAACCAAAUUUAGACCGCAUUCUCUAACCUCCCGUUUCUUAUCUCUUACUUCAAACUCAAACACUGAUGAAUCCCCGCAACUCACAUUUUCUUCGAUCUCGAACGUGUAGAGAUGCUCGUUUAAAACUGGGAAACGCUGCGAGUGUAUUCCUGAUCUAUGCCUUCUUACACUGGUGGUACCAUCCUUGACGCAAUAAUAAAUAUCCAACUCCUCCUUCCUCCUGUCACCCACCUUAUUAACUACCAAUACACAACCCAUCAAUGGCAUAGGAUCAUCCGCGCCGCUCCAUUUCGUCGACAGGGAACUUCCGGUGGCCUGCCAAAGAAAGUACAUGGGGAUUUGUUCACCAGGCAAGACCGCAAAUCUACAACUCCUUAUGAUCAGUUCUCUUGCUUCUCGUUUCAGUUUGAAGCAAUUACCAAAGUUGGCACCAACAUCUUGUAAACAAGGACAAGAAAACAUAUUUUUCUGGAGUGAUUAGUUAGAUGUUUUAACUUUAGUUUCAAUAAUGGUUAUUAUGUGCCCAUCUUAUGAAAGUUAAGUACCUAUGUUAAAAGUGUUCUGACUUUAAAAAAAAAAAGUGUUCUGACUUGUUCUAUAAAAGGGUUAUAUAUUUCUAAUUUCUGAAUUAAUCUAAAAAAAUGAUAUGAACUGAAAUAAAUAUAAAGUAAACACAAGUCUGUUUACCAAAAAAAAAAGUCUAACACAAAUCUGUUGUAAUUAACAUAAAUAUCAUCAAAUGCAUACUGUCAAAUUUAUUAUUUGCCCAUAUGUUUUGAGUCGACUCAUAUCGUUCUAAAUUGAACAUACAAUUAGCCUAUAUAUUUAAGACCAAAACAAAUUAGCCUCUAUAUGAAAUCUUUCUGAAAUCAGCAUUACAAAAUUACCAAAAUUCCGUUAUGAUUAAACAUAAAUAUCACUAAAUGCCUCCAGUCAAAUUUACUAUUUUUUUUGGGUCAAAAUUUACUAAUUCCCCAUAUACUGUAAUAAUCUGAGUCAUAUCAUUCUGACUUCUGAGUGAGGAAAAGGGGCAUUUUAGUCAUUUACGUCUAAUACAGAGACUCGUUUCUUCUUCUCAAUUGAAUAAAAAAUUAGGGUUUUCUAGUUACCCCAAAGUUCCGAUCUUUGAUCAUCACCGGAAUCAAAUGGUUCUUGGAAAGCGAACUCGUGAACACUCCACUGACUCCAAUGACAAACCCAUCUCUUCGUCUCCCCUCAGGAAGAUGCAAGAAGACGACGUCUCCGGCGUGGAGUCGAUGCUCCGGAGGAGAAAACAACCCAAGACAACGCCAGUGUCUUCUUCCUCUAACAACAAGAUGAAUUGGACUAAAGACGACGAGCUCAUCAUCCUCGGGAGUAUUGUAGAUUACGAAAAGGAGACAAAGCUGAGUCAUAGAUCUGACUGGGAUGCGUUCUACGGAUACGUUAAGGAUUUUAUAGAAGCGGAGUUCUCUAAGAAGCAGCUUACUGAUAAGAUUAGGAACUUGAAUAAGAGGUUUUUGGGUAAUAAGGCGAGGUGUGACGAUGAGGAAGGGCCUUCGUUUACUGAUACUGAAGACGAUAUCAUCUUCAAGCUGUCAGUGAUCAUUUGGGAUUCAACGAAUGAAACAGUGUGUGACUCUGAUGAGAAUGUGGACCAAGGGAAGGUGGAUGCACCUUGUGUGGAGCAUGAAAAAGUUAGUGAGAGUAAUAUGGACCAAGCUAAGGAUGUGCCUUGCGUGGAGCAUGAACGUGUUGAUGAGAAUAUAGAGCAGGCAAAGGAUGCGCCUUUGGUGGAGCAUGAACGGGUUGAUGAGAAUAUGGAACAAGAAAAGGAUGUGCCUUGUGUAGAGCAUGAGCCGGUUGAUGAGAAUAUGGACCCAGCAAAGGUAGAUCUACCUUGUGUGGAGGAUGAACGGGUCGAUAAGAAUGUGGACCAAGGAAAGGUUCUUGAUUUGGAUAAGGAUGCGCCUGCUGUGGAGCAUGAACCAACUAAUGAGAAUAUGGACCUUGACCAAGAAAAGGAUGCACUAACUGAUAAAGACAAUAAUGAGGAAGAUGGUGUGGAUGAGUUUUGUGCUAUGAAGGAUGCACUAGCUGAUAAAGAGAAGAGUGAGGAAGAUAGUGCGGAUGAGUAUUGUGCUCUGAAGGAUGCACUUGAGGAGACGACAUUCUUUCAAAGUAUAGGUAAAUAUCAACAGAAGGCCCUGCUUCAAAAUUUGAAAAACCUUAGAGGUCCAAGAAGAAAAGAGUUAGCUGACGAGUUGAAGGAUUUGCUUGACGAGGAGAUGAAAGUGCGUGGCAAGAAACUGAGUUUAUCCGCAAAGCUUGCAAGCGCAUGGGAGGAGUCUUGUUGAUUCAAGAAACAUCAAGUUUUGCUUUCUUUUUUUUUGGUACUACAUGGUGGUUCUUGCUACUAAUGAUUUUUUUGAUGCUCAAGCCAAAAUUUUGAAUUGUUAGUUAGCCAAUGUAGAAAAGGUUGUGACUAGUUUUUUUUGUUAAUCAGUGAUUGUUACUCUCGUUUCACAAAAGCGAUAUUUUUACAAAAAAGAAUUGUUAUAUAAAGCAUGUUAUUUUAACA